AAUAAAGAACUCUGGGAGAGUGUGACCUGAAGGUCCCAAAGACCUCUAUCCCUGAUGAUCUGGUUAUUAUUUGAUUUAUGUCAAAUAAUAACUGCCCUUGUUUUGACCCAAGAGAGGAUUGUGUGGGAAGUUUGUCUGUGAGAUAGAGCUGAAGCGUUGCUCUGCAGAGUGUCUGGAGCCUAAGUGUACGCAGAGUGCCCCCCUCUCGGCUCCUUGAUAAAUAGGGAAAAGGUCCAGUUUGCUCCAGCUGGAAAGUUGAAGUCGUUGUUAAAUCCAUCUAUACUCGUUCCGUGAGGAAAAGGACAAUCUCUAGUAAUAUUGUUUAACUUCUUCUUCAGAUACUCAAUUGUAUAUGAAGCUAAUGGUUACGUACAGCAAUUUUAAAAGAAGGUUCUAUUUCAGCAUUCACUGAUGAAUAAGUGAGAAUUGGAGCAGAGAAUGGCAAAUACUUAUGUCACUACAUCUGAUGGUUACUGUCUUGCUGAAUCAGUGCAGUACUAUGAUAUUCUGCCAGAGCAAAUCAACUAUCAGCUGCACAAUACUGAUUUUCAAGAAUCACCUUAUUGCCAGUAUUCUACUGUCCAGUUUCCGACAGCUCUACAGUCCCAAUCUUUACAAAGUCAUUUCAACACUUACAGCUUGGAUCCACAGUUCAGUGGUGGAGAAUGUGGCUUUGGUUCCUAUGAAUUAAAUAAACCCACUUAUGUGGUUGACCAUGAUGCUGAAGAUGGAUAUUCUGGAAUGAAAAGGUCCAGACUCACUCACUCUUCCAUUCGGAUUAAGCGACAGGAAGAACUCUGUGUCGUUUGUGGUGAUAAAGCAUCAGGGUAUCAUUACAAUGCACUUACUUGUGAAGGUUGCAAAGGUUUUUUUCGACGUAGCAUCACCAAAAAUGCAGUAUAUCGUUGCAAGAAUGGUGGCCACUGUGAAAUGGACAUGUACAUGCGUAGGAAAUGUCAAGAGUGCAGACUCAAAAAGUGUAAGGCAGUAGGAAUGUUGGCAGAAUGUUUGCUCACAGAAAUCCAGUGCAAAUCAAAGAGACUUCGAAAGAACUUUAAACAGAAGAAUAGUUUUUACUCUAACAUCAAAGUGGAAGAGGAAGGAGUAGACAAGCUUGUAUCAUCCACCACUAGAUCUGGAAAAGUGGCAAGACUCUUACAAAAUUUCUUGUUUCCUUAAUGAUGACAUGUCUUGCUUACUAAGAAUUCAUUAUAGUUUUCCCCCUAUGAUUUCUUAUAGAUUAAGAAGAGCGUGGAACUAACUCAAGAGGAACAUCAGCUCAUUAAUAACAUUGUGGCUGCUCAUCAGAAAUAUACAAUUCCUUUAGAGGAAACAAAGAAAUUUCUGCAGAAGUAUGCAAAUCCUGAACUGAGCUUUUUGAGACUCUCAGAGACAGUGGUCCUCCACCUACAGGGGUUAAUGGAUUUUACCAAGGGACUCCCAGGCUUUGGAAAUUUGACAACUGAGGACCAGACUGCAUUAUGCAAGGGAUCAAAAACUGAAGUGAUGUUCCUUCAUGGGGCCCAACUUUACAGUCAGGAAGAAUGUCUUCUAUCAGCGUCUGAAAGUACUAUGAGAGUAUCAGAUCAUUCAGAUCACUCACUGAAUUGUCACAAUCAGAGUGAUAAUAGAAGUGUUAUUUAUUCCAUGGAAACAUUUUGCAGUGAAGACUGUCUUCCUACUACACUGACUGGUAUUGCUGAAGAAUUUAUUACCACAUUGUUUUACUUCUACAGAAGAAUGAGUGAACUUAAUAUUACUAAUACUGAAUAUGCUCUGCUUGCAGCAACAACUGUGUUUUUUUCAGAUCGUCCCUACCUUAAAAACAAGCAACAUGUGGAAAAUUUACAAGAACCGAUUUUACACAUUUUGUACAAAUAUUCAAAAAUUUAUCAUCCAGAAGACCUACAGCAUUUUGCUCGUCUCAUAGAGAGGCUCACUGAACUGAGAACAUUGAAUCACAACUACUCAGAAAUACUUAACACUUGGAAAGCAAAGGACCCCAAAUUGGCUAGUUUACUCUCAGAAAAAUGGAAUUUGUAUUCACAUUGUUGAAAUUUAGAAUGUUGUUGUGGUUUGUCUUAGAACUUUCUAAAUCUAAAUUGUUUAUCAUCAUAAGAUGACUGAUUUGAAAAACAUAAACAGGAUUGCUAGGUUACCAAUAUAUCCCCAUGAAAUGGACAUCAUCAGUGCUCAUCAAAUUUUGUGGAAUAUAGGACCAACCACUAGAGGGACAUCUAGGAUUCAAGAUUUGACUCAAAAGAAGCAAUGACUAUUGUUACUGCAUGGUUCCUUCAAAAGGGAAUAAUGCUAAAUAGAGUUCUCACCCGAAGAAACGCUACUUUUUUCCUUUAGUAGAAAAAUUGAAUGAAAAUAUAUAGAUUAUAGACAUGAGAAAGGCUAUCUAGUGGAAACAAUUGUAAUCAAAUAAAGGUAGUUUGUGAACCUCAUUAUUUUGGCCAGAUUAAUGGAUAAAAAACUAACAUUUUA